GUGGAGAGCGGCGAGAGGGUCUGAAACGGGGUUUGAAAAGGCGAGGGAAGAAAGGCCGAAACGCAAGCGCGAUUCUCUGCCAGACGGGGGACGAGGAGAGAUUUAAGAAGUCCGUUCUCGCAUAGCUCUGUCUGCCCGGCAGAGCUCACGAAAGAUCUGCUUACGGGCCCCCUGCCCCGCUCCUGCAGGCAGAGAUCUUCUGUACCUCCUGAUGGUGUUCCUCACCUAAACGAACGCGUCGUUUGAGCUUACAGGCCGUAUAGGAGUCACAGGACAGAACCUUCCAAGCGCUACUGGAGAAUGGCAGGGAGAAAAGUCCUGAUAGUCUACGCACAUCAAGAGCCCAACUCUUUCAAUGGAUCUUUGAAGACGGUUGCUGUGGAAGAACUGAGCAAACAGGGCUGCAGUGUCACAGUGUCUGACUUAUAUGCAAUGCAGUUUGAGCCACGGGCAACAAGAAAUGACAUCGUUGGUUGCUUGCACAACUCAAACGAGUUCAAUUAUGCAGUGGAGAUGACAGAAGCUUACAAGAAAGGAUGUUUGUCCAACGAUUUGAUGGAAGAGCAAAAGAAGGUGCAGGAAGCAGACUUACUGAUUUUUCAGUUUCCCUUGUACUGGUUCAGCAUGCCAGCAAUCAUGAAAGGCUGGAUGGACAGAGUCUUGGUCCAAGGAUUUGCCCAUGAUUUUCCAAACUGUUAUGACUCCGGUUUGCUCCAGAACAAGUUAGCUAUGUUUUCUUUCACUACUGGAGGAACUGAAGAGAUGUAUGCAAAAGGAAGUAUGAGUGGUGAUAUCCGCUAUAUCCUGUGGCCCAUGCAGCAUGGCAUCAUGCAUUUUUGUGGUGUGAAAAUCCUUGAGCCUCACAUCUGCUUUGCUCCAGAAUAUGUCUCUGAGGAGAAAAGGAAGGAGAUGCUUACUGCCUGGGCACAGAGACUGAAGACUCUUUGGAAGGAAGAACCCAUAAACUGCACUCCUGAGUGGUAUUUUAAUUAAUGUUCGAGCACAAGACUACAGAUGCUUUUUCUAUUAUUUUGGUGCUUUAUCUCAAUAUCAGAAUGUUAGCUUCAGAAUUCACAUGCAUUAUAGGUAUCUUGAAUACUACAGUUGGCAGCCUCGCUGUCAAUAAAGCAUUUGUCUUUACUGAUUUCUGAAGAAUUCUCUUCAAUGAUGGAUGCACUGCUCUUUGUGAAGAAUUAUCCUUGCCCAUAUAAACAGUGACUUUCUGCCUGCACGUGGUUAGUAACAAAAGAGUUGCAAAUUAUACCAUUACUGCUUAUGAAACAGUAAAGUACGUUGCCAAUUUUAUUUCAACACUCUUCAUAUCAACUGCCUCUUUCUUUUUAUUGGCCAGGAAAUCACUGCCUAUACUCAUUGUGGCCAAACCUGUUUUUUUUAAACAAAAGAUCUACACUUGUGCCUUUGAGCUAUGAAGCUUGACUGCAGAUAAAUAAAAGGAUGUACAGUUGCACAGUGACUCAGAGCAAUAGACAAUUUUGCCUUGGUCCAAUAUCUCUUGUGCAUGAAAGUGAAUGGGAAUAAAAUGGAAAAUGUCAUAUGCACAGGUUGCGGGGAAAGUACAUUUUUGUCAUAAAGACAAGGAAAAUAACUUCAAGUUACCUAAAGAGGGAUUAAAGAACAAGUAAAACCCUUUCCACAGGAGAAUAAGUGCCUAAGCAUGGAAGACUCAUUGAUUUGAAGGGGGGUAGUUCUUUGGAAGACAUACAGUAUUAUCCAUAUUCCUCAGAGUAUCUUCAGAUAUGUGGAACUUAAUUUUACAGUUUUCUAGAUUUUUAUAAUAAUGGUGCUUACCUUGCCAGAAGACAGAUGAGUAUCCAGUAUCAAGAAAAAAAUCCCAACUGACAUGGAAAUUCUUCCGUUCUACAUAGCUAGCCAUGAUUGUCAGAUCUGGCUCUUCAGCUGACAACCAACCUUGUGAAAUCAUGUAUAUACAGAACAUCCGAAAAGAACCAUAGAACAGAAUCAUAGAAUCACCAAGGUUGGAAAAGACCUCUGAGAUCAUCCAGUUCAAUCAUACACCUAUCACACCUAUUUCCCCACUAAACCAUGUCCCUUAGUACAACAUCUAAAUGUUUCUUGAACACUCUAAGGGCUUUCUCAAGAAGGAAAUUUCUUGCCACUGUCUGGCUGACAAGGAUUCACAACAUGCAUAAAAAUUCUUAAAAAAAUCCCUAUUACAAUUUCCUGCCAAGCACAGAAUCUCACUGCAAAGCCCAAUCAGGUCAAAACAUUGGCUUAGUAAAGGAUUACCCCUCGCUCUUCACUGUGUCGAGUGAUCUGACUAGUUAACUGAACAUAAGAAAAUUAUUUUCUAAACAUUUGGAAAGAAUAAAACAUUAUUCAGGGUCAGUGGAAUACUUGCUGUUAUUCCCUAAGGACAACUAAUGAAACUAUAUCAGAAUUUCCCAGCACAUCCUGUAUGCAUUAUUUCCUGCAGAGGAGUUCACACCGGAGACAUGGGCAAAGAUGGGACUGAGGAAUUACAUGCCACAAUGGGAGGUGUCUCCAUCAAAGCAAUCAAGACCAGAAUACAAUAGUUUUUAAAAUUAUUAUUUUAAUGAUAAGCCUAAUUUCAAAUGUGAAAAUUUGCAGCUUCCCAAGUCCUUCCAUCAUUAAACCCAUGAAG